AUGUGGCAAUUCGAGGACUCCGAAAUAUGUUCCAUAGGGAUGAUCCAUCCUUCUCACAGCCGGAACUCCGGCCUCUCGCUAUUGUCCGGCGUAUCGCAGUUUUCAGGCAUAUCGACGCUGUCCGGUUGCGGGUCGCCUGACGCGUUGGAACGCCUCCCCGAGCUGCCGGCCUCCGAGGAGCGAAGGCUCCGCCGGGCCGCGCUCAUCCUGCAGCAGCGGCUGGUGCUGCGCCAGUGGCUCGCCACGCACCGUCUCCAGCACGCGUACUCCAAACUCCUCGGCCUGGACGUCUCCUCGUUGGAGGAUGUCUACUGGUUGGAGGACUCCACCGCCCGCCACGUGCUGGACCCCAAGGAUUUCGGCACGUGGUCCGCGGCGCGCCAGAGUUUGCCCACCGGCAAGGAGGCGCUGCAGACCCUCAAGGCGGACCUCUGGAGUGCCGUGGUCAAGAACAGCAAGCACCAGGAUGCCUGGACGUGGGGCGGCAUGCUGGUGGUUUCGGUGUCGGUGUGCGGCCUGGUGACCCUGGCCGCCAUGACGCAGCCCUCGCUGGCGCCCGAAGCCAAGCACUCGCUGCUGCAAUACGUCACCGGGAAAUACCUGCACCCGCCCAGUUGCAAGAUCGAAUGGGGCUGGGAGGAACCGCAGCCUGUGGGCGAGACCAUGUGCUUCACGGUGUUCUGCUACCAGCGCAACGGGCAGCCCUACCCCAUCUGCGACACCGAUGAGCUGAACGUCAUCAUCUCGCACGGCGCCCGAAAGAUAUCGGCCGUGAUGGAGCUGGGCUCUGGCGACCCGGCCUUGGCCCACACCGCCCGCGUCAAGUUCACCGUCCGGACCGCCGGACUAUACCUCAUCUCCGUCACCAUCGGGGGCGCGCAGGCGGGCGGCGGCCCGUUCCGGCGCUGGUUCGUGGCGGGGCGGCCGAUGGCGCGGCGCUCGCGCGUGGGCCGCGCCCCCGCCGCGCUCGUGUGCACCGCCGGCAGGCCGCGCGCGCUGCACGUGCACCCCAGGGACCAGUUCGACAACCCGGCGCCGCUCGCCGCGGGCUUCUCGAUCGAGAUCCGGGGCCCGGGCGGCGAGGUGGACGAGAAGCUGUCGGCGGCCGCCUCGUUCCAGUACGACGCGGUGAACCAGCGCGUGGCCGUGGAGAUGUGCUUCCCCGAGGCGGGCGUCUACCGCGCCGCCGUCUCCUACGACGGCGCGCUGCUGCACAACGGCGAGUUCGACUGCAUCGUGCUCACCGCGAGCGAGGCGGCGAGCGUGCAGCGGGCGGUGAGCGGGCGGCGGGGCGCGGCGGCGUUCGAGGCGCGGCUGCUGGGCGCCGCCAAGCCGCGCCGCGUGCUGCUGCUGCUCAGCGCCAAGCAGCUGCUGCUCAAGGACUACGUGCUCAAGUUCAUCCCCAAGCGCGUGGCCACAUUCCGCCUCUGCCCCUCCACCAAGCUGACGCUGCUUCCGCGCACCGGGAGCGGUCCAGGCGGCGAGUUCAGCCUGGACGACGGGGCCCAGCCGGCGCUGCGGCUCUCCUCGCCGCAGCGGGACCUCAUCGCGGCCGCCUUCACCCAGCUGCUGGUGGCCAACUGCGGCGGCGAGGACUCCUUCAAGCUGAAGCACUUCGAGCUGGCGGGCAAGCUGGUGGGCAAGUGCCUGUACGAGUCGGCGCUGGGCGGCUCCUACCGGCAGCUGGUGCGCGCCAGGCUCACGCGCUCCUUCCUCGCGCAGAUCAUCGGCCUGCGAGUGCACUACAAGUACUUUGAACAGGACGAUCCGGAGCUCUACCUGUCGAAGAUCAAGUACGUGCUGGAGACGGAUUUGGACGCUGAGGACGCGCUGGAGCUCACCUUCUCGGACGACGUGUACGACUCGAGCGGGCGGCUGGUGGAGACGCGCGACCUGGUGCCCAACGGCUCGGCGAUCCGGGUGAGCAACGCGACCAAGCUGGCGUACCUGGAGGCGCUGGCCUCGUGGCGGCUGGCGGCGCGCGUGCGGGCAGAGGUGGCCGCCUUCCUCAGGGGCCUGGCGCUGCUGGUGCCCGCCCACCUGCUCGCCAUCUUCGACGAGAACGAGCUGGAGACGAAACGAGCAGAUGGUGCGUUCGAGCAGCUAAGGCAGAUCUUCCGAUGUGCCUUAGCUGCUGUUGCGCACGGG